AUGGCUGCUGCUGCUGCUUCUCUGGGGGAAGUUGGAGGCGUCCUGCACGGCAUUGCUGAUGGGCUCGCGCACGUCGGCUCCCACUUCGUCCUGACCCCACUGGUGGAGGGUCCCACCCUGCUUGGGGAGCACCUCGUACCCGGGAACCGGCUGUCCCGCAGCAGCACCCCGGCGGAUUUAACGCACCUCAAAGGGAUCCUGAGGAGGAGACAGUUGUACUGCAGGACGGGCUUCCAUUUGGAGAUACUUCCGGAUGGCACCGUGCAGGGGACCAGAAAGGACCACAGUCGUUCCGGGAUUUUGGAAUUCAUAAGCCUGGCUGUUGGCUUAAUAAGCAUUCGAGGAGUGGACAGUGGACUCUAUCUGGGGAUGAAUGAUAAAGGAGAGCUAUAUGGCUCUGAGAAGCUGACAGCCGAAUGCGUCUUCAGGGAGCAGUUUGAGGAGAACUGGUACAACACAUACUCGUCCAACCUCUACAAACACGGAGACAAAGGGACUCGCUACUUUGUGGCUUUGAACAAAGAUGGGACACCGAGAGAUGGGACUAAAUCCAGGCGGCAUCAGAAAUUCACACACUUCUUGCCCAGGCCUGUUGACCCUGAUCGCGUGCCAGAGCUGUACAGGGACAUCCUGGGCCACAGCUGAGACCCGCCUGUAGGUUCAGGGCGGGGAUAACCGCUGCCACCCUCGCAGGCAGCGAGCGGAUGGACGCAGGCGGUGCAGGCUGCCCAACCGGCAGGGAUAAAGGCACCCAGGGCCCCUCGGAGGAAUGCACGGGCAUCUCUCAGCGGCCGCACACAGGCUAGACUGUCUGACUUUGUCAGUCUGCACGCUCGGCAUGAGGGGUUCAUUUGUCUGUGUGGACGGAAGAGCCUCAAAGUACCUGCGUGGAAUAGGAAACCAAAGGGAAGCGGCCUUCCCACUGGCGGAAGACCGUGGGAACAUGUUUAUUUGGGGGUUGAUUUGGUCUAUUCCGAAGGACUUUGAAGGAAAUCACUGACUUUUUGUUUUUUUGAAAAGAAGAGCAAACGUGUAACGGUUUAUUUAUUCCUUUUAGAUACAUAUAUUUAUGUUAUAUAUUUAUUUAUUUCAGAAUAUAUUUUUACAUUUAGAUACAUGCAAUAGAGAAAACACUAGAAACUAUGUAAAGCAGUGGUGUCCAAAGUGUGGUGGUUUAAAUAAGAGAUACAAAAUAAAAUGCAGUCAUCCCUUGCAGCUUUACCACAUCGCAAAUUGUUUUUAAAUAUAUUUUUUAGACAUCCAUCGAUCCAUCCAUUUUCUACCGCUUGUCCCUCUCGGAGCCAACUCAGACAACAUUCACACUCACAUUCACACACUAGGGCCAAUUUAGUGUUGCCAAUUAACCUAACAUAUUCAAAAUUUUUUGGUCCAAGAUUAAGUAUUUUCAAGCACACAGAUGGCUGGAAAAAAAAAUCAAUACUACAGUAGUAUUGCGGCAGUUCAGUAUCCUGGCCACUGAUUAGCUCAGCCUCAGGCAGCAUUACUAUACUGGAUUAAAAGAAUGUUAAGGUGACUAUAGGGUGUUAUUUCAUGUCUCGAGGGUUCUCAUAAUGUUAAAAAUGUAUGUAGAAGGUCGUAAACAUGUUUUUUAAUGCUCCAGCUAUGAAAAUAUUUAAUUUAUAAUUAAGGAUUUCUACUUCUCGGAAAUGUAUUCAUCCCGGUUAUGUCCGAUAACGAUUAAAAGCGUUAAACGAGGGAUUACUGUGAUAAUAAUAAAUAAUUGAUUAAAAUUGACUAAAAAUUUAAUUUUUUUUUAAAAAGGCACAUUUUUUUGAUGCUAAUUAUAAAGUAAAACCUUUUUUUUUAAGUAUUUUUUUCAAAUUGUAUCAAAAUGGCCUCCUGCAUCCUUGGAUUUUUCAGUAUGAGUUUGGACACCACUGAUGUAAAGAUUGAUACACUGUACUAUUUUGUUGUCUAUCCUGAGGAAAGCUUCCUACUACUGUACCCGCCAACAAUAUAUUGGUGACAUUUUUAACUCAGUGCAUUUCAUCACAAGUGUCAGUUCCAGCCAGGCCACAUAAGACAAAUGAUUCAUGUCAAACAAUAAAUAAGAAUAUCACCAUUACGCUUUUUUUUUUUUUUAACUUGUCAAAACCCGAGCAAACAAGGUGAUUUUUUAAAGCAGCAAAAUGGAGCGGAUGCCUUUAUCAUCCAC